AUGUCUGCACCACCAUGGAGGUCUGGCGGCUCCAGCUACACUAACGGAAGUAAUCGUAACGGUGCAUACACCCAGGUAAAUGCACGCAAAACGCUUUCUUCCGGCACUCGACCAGGCUAUUCAUAUAAUCAGUCAACACAAACACAGACUCAAGCUUCUACAGAGUCACCAUCAUCUGGGCAGAAGACUACUUUCCCCGAUAAGUUAAAACAAAUUAUUACGGACGCGUUCAAUCAAAAAGUUGUAUGGACCAUAGAAUGGGAUAAUAUGCCACUACCUCAACAUGUUCUGGCGAAGAAGGCUCAGGAAAAGAAAGACAGGGUAGAUAAGGAAGACUCGACAAUAACUAUGCAGGAGCUCAAUAAUAAAAAAGUGCUAGUAGCGAUGAAAUAUCCCUUGUUAUUAGAUAAAUUAAGCCAACGUGACAAAGAAAAACGUGCAAAACGAUUCGAGGACAGUAACAAUCGUGUCUCACCCCAAUCACCGCAUCCAUCAACUCCCAUUGAUAAUGGCAAAAUAUUAGUUGGAACUUGCGAGAAGCUUGAGAAACAAUACUUCCGACUUACAUCAGCUCCGGACCCUACACAGUUCAAGUCCCUUCGGCAAGACCUAACAGUUCAGCAUAUCAAGACGGAUUUCACAGUUUUGGUUUACGAAAUACACGCGCGGAUAGCGCUAGAGAAAGGCGACUUGGGUGAGUAUAAUCAGUGCCAGACUCAGCUCUAUUCGCUAUAUGGCGAAGGAUUCAAAGGCCACGAAGAAGAGUUCAAGGCGUAUCGUAUUCUCUAUCUCCUUCACACAUGCAACCGGGCCGACAUGAACGAUCUGCUAGCGAACCUAACCCCUGUAGACAAACAAGAUAAGUCAGUCCAGCAUGCCCUGCAAGUACGCUCCGUUCUUGCAGCCGGCAAUUUUCACAGGUUCUUUAAGCUCUAUUUGGAAGCACCCAAGAUGGGGGGAUACCUGAUGGAUUCAUUUAUUGCUCGUGAAAGAAUGUCUGCCAUGUGCACUAUCUGUAAAGCUUAUCGACCCGAUAUUGAUAUUAGAUUUCUGACUGAAGAACUCGGCUUUGAGAGCGAUACCGAGUGCGUGCAGUUUUUGUGCGACAGCGGUGCCCAGGACCUUAUCGAACAGAAGUCGGAUGAUAAGGGUGUUCCCAGGACGAUUCGCUUUCAAACAACCAAAGCACUUUCGAUAUUCGAAGAGUUAAAGAAGUCUGCAUUCAAGAAGGUUGAUAUCAAGGGGCAAUUGUAG